UGAGGGGAGGGCUGUGGCCGAUCCCGCCUCCUCUCGCGGUUCUUGGCGCCGGCGGAGGCUGAGCCGGGCCUGUGUGUUGCCGGCCGGCGAAGGGGCUGGUGGUGCCGCCGAAGGGGCUACCAUGGCGCAGCUGGGCACGAGCCAGCGAGGGUCCGGGAGGACGUCGGAGAAGGAAGAGGCGGCGGCUGCAGCGAAGGAGGCGGAGGCUGCCUUGGAAAGGCAUCAGGAGCUGCUUGCAGGAAAGGCCCAUAAAGAAGGUGGAUCUGCACGAGUGUCCCUUCUCAUAUUAUUGUCCAUCUUCUUAAUAGCUGCAUCUGUUAUGUUUCUGGUAUAUAAAAACUUUCCACAGCUGAGUGAAGAGGAGAGAGAAUGUAUAAAGGUUCCCAGAGACAUGGAUGAUGCUAAAGCCUUAGGAAAAGUUCUCUCUAAAUACAAGGACAACUUCUAUGUACAAGUCUUAGUGGCCUAUUUUGCUACUUACGUUUUUUUGCAAACCUUUGCUAUUCCUGGAUCAAUAUUUCUGAGUAUACUUUCAGGAUUUCUCUACCCUUUCCCCCUAGCUCUAUUUCUUGUUUGUUUGUGCUCUGGACUUGGGGCCUCUUUCUGUUAUAUGCUGUCCUAUUUAGUUGGAAGACCUGUUGUUUAUAGAUAUUUAACAGAGAAAGCCGUGAAAUGGUCACAGCAGGUUGAACGACACAGAGAACACCUCAUUAACUACAUAAUAUUUUUGAGAAUAACUCCUUUCCUUCCUAAUUGGUUUAUCAAUAUAACAUCUCCUGUAAUAAAUGUACCAUUGAAAGUAUUUUUUAUUGGUACUUUUCUAGGUGUUGCACCACCAUCUUUUGUAGCAAUUAAAGCUGGAACAACGCUCUACCAGCUUACAACAGCAGGUGAAGCAGUCUCCUGGAACUCUGUUUUCAUUCUCAUGAUUCUAGCUAUUCUCUCCAUUCUGCCAGCUAUUUUUCAGAAGAAACUUAAACAAAAGUUUGAAUGAAAAUUAGCCUGGAUCUUCACGUCCCGUAUUUCAUCUCAGGAUCAGCACUAUUUCUAUGGUCACUUUUCUAUCGCAUCUUUCACAAUUCGAGAGGAAUUAUAAGAGAUAAAAAUAUUUCUGGACUUCUUGCUGAGUUUUAUUUAUGGGGCACAAAGACAAAAUAACUGCUGUCAGAAGAAAUUAAGAUGAACGACAUACUUUUUAAAGCAUUGUUCAUUCUAACUAAUCAGUAAUAUGUAUAUGUAUAUGUAUGUAUGCCUUAUCUGAUUUUGUUUGUGUAGGCUUAACGUGAUA